AAAAACGCGCACACACACACCCGUGGCGACAGGGAGCGGUAGGACGACGCAGGCAGCGGCCGGUGGGGCCAAGGCCGAGCGCGGCGCCCGGCUGAUUGGAGCGGGCGCGGAGAUGGAGGCGGGGGCCGCGGCGCGAGCUCUGCGGGGACUGCGCGGCGCACACGCCCGGCCGGCGCCGCAGCGCUUGGCCCGCUUUCAACCCGCGCCCGCCGGCCGGACCCGCGCCCCCACCCCCAGCCUCGCGCAGCGGCCUCGCAGGUGGCUCUGACCCUGGGUUGCCCAGCCCGCGCGACCGAGGAGGUGUCUGGACAGCUGGAGGAUGAACGGAGAAGCCGACUGCCCCACAGACCUGGAAAUGGCCGCCCCCAAAGGUCAAGACCGCUGGUCCCAGGAAGACAUGCUGACCCUGCUGGAGUGCAUGAAGAACAACCUUCCAUCCAACGACAGCUCCAAGUUCAAAACCACAGAGUCGCACAUGGACUGGGAAAAAGUCGCAUUUAAAGACUUUUCUGGCGAUAUGUGCAAGCUCAAGUGGGUGGAGAUUUCAAAUGAGGUGAGGAAGUUCCGGACAUUGACGGAACUGAUCCUGGACGCUCAGGAACAUGUCAAAAACCCAUACAAAGGCAAAAAGCUCAAGAAACACCCUGACUUCCCAAAGAAGCCCCUUACCCCCUACUUCCGCUUCUUCAUGGAGAAGCGCGCCAAGUAUGCGAAACUCCACCCAGAGAUGAGCAACCUGGACCUGACCAAGAUCCUGUCCAAGAAAUACAAGGAGCUUCCGGAGAAGAAGAAGAUGAAAUAUAUUCAGGACUUCCAGAGGGAAAAACAAGAGUUCGAACGAAAUCUGGCCCGGUUCAGGGAGGAUCAUCCCGACCUUAUUCAGAAUGCCAAGAAAUCGGACAUCCCCGAGAAGCCCAAAACCCCCCAGCAGCUGUGGUACACACAUGAGAAGAAGGUGUACCUCAAAGUGCGGCCAGAUGCCACUACGAAGGAGGUGAAGGACUCCCUGGGGAAGCAGUGGUCUCAGCUCUCGGACAAAAAGAGGCUGAAAUGGAUUCAUAAGGCCCUGGAGCAGCGGAAGGAGUACGAGGAGAUAAUGCGUGAUUACAUCCAGAAGCACCCUGAGCUGAACAUCAGUGAGGAGGGCAUCACCAAGUCUACCCUCACCAAGGCGGAGCGCCAGCUCAAGGACAAGUUCGACGGGCGACCCACGAAGCCACCUCCGAAUAGCUACUCACUCUACUGCGCAGAGCUGAUGGCCAACAUGAAGGACGUGCCCAGCACGGAGCGCAUGGUGCUGUGCAGCCAGCAGUGGAAGCUGCUGUCUCAGAAGGAGAAGGACGCCUACCACAAGAAGUGCGACCAGAAAAAGAAAGACUAUGAGGUGGAGCUGCUGCGCUUCCUGGAGAGCCUGCCCGAGGAGGAGCAGCAACGGGUGCUGGGUGAGGAGAAGAUGCUGAACAUCAGCAAGAAGCAGGCGGGCAGCCCGGCCGCCAAGAAGCCUCCGCAGGAGGGCGGCAAGGCCGGUGCUGAGAAGCCCAAGCGGCCGGUGUCGGCCAUGUUCAUUUUCUCUGAGGAAAAGCGGCGGCAGCUGCAGGAGGAGCGGCCCGAGCUGUCAGAGAGCGAGCUGACCCGUCUGCUGGCGCGCAUGUGGAAUGACCUGUCCGAAAAGAAGAAGGCCAAGUACAAGGCCCGGGAAGCCGCCCUGAAGGCACAGUCCGAGAGGAAGCCCGGCACCGAACGCGAAGAGCGCGGCAAGCUGCCCGAGUCGCCCAAGCGAGCCGAAGAGAUCUGGCAGCAGAGCGUCAUUGGCGACUACCUGGCGCGCUUCAAGAACGACCGGGUGAAGGCUCUGAAGGCCAUGGAAAUGACCUGGAACAACAUGGAGAAGAAAGAAAAGCUGAUGUGGAUCAAGAAGGCGGCUGAAGACCAGAAGCGUUACGAGAGAGAGCUGAGUGAGAUGCGGGCACCCCCGGCCGCAGCCAACUCUUCCAAGAAGAUGAAGUUCCAGGGAGAACCGAAGAAGCCCCCAAUGAACGGUUACCAGAAGUUCUCCCAGGAGCUGCUGUCCAACGGGGAGCUGAACCACCUGCCACUGAAGGAACGCAUGGUGGAGAUUGGCAGCCGCUGGCAGCGCAUCUCACAGAGCCAGAAGGAGCACUACAAGAAGCUGGCGGAGGAGCAGCAGAAGCAGUACAAAGUGCACCUGGACCUGUGGGUUAAGAGCCUGUCUCCCCAGGACCGGGCGGCGUACAAGGAAUAUAUCUCCAAUAAGCGCAAGAGCAUGACCAAGCUUAGGGGCCCAAACCCUAAGUCUAGCCGGACUGCCCUGCAGUCCAAGUCGGAGUCUGAGGAAGACGAUGAAGAGGAUGAAGAUGAGGAGGAGGAAGAGGAGGAAGAGGAGGAUGAUGAGAACGGGGACUCCUCCGAAGAUGGUGGGGACUCCUCAGAGUCCAGCAGUGAGGACGAGAGCGAGGAUGGGGAUGAGAAUGAGGAGGACGAUGACGACGAAGACGAUGAUGAGGAUGACGACGAGGACGAGGACAACGAGUCUGAGGGCAGCAGCUCGAGCUCCUCAUCCUCGGGGGACUCCUCGGACUCGGACUCCAACUGAGGGCUGGCCUGGGUGGCCUUCGAGCCCACGCCCCCAGCUGACCACCUUUGUCUCACCUGUGUCCGGUCCCCCAGCUCCUGGCCUCCCCCACUUUCUUUCUUUCUUUUUCUUUUUUAAACAAAAUAUAGUGGGGGUAGGGGGGCUGGAGGGGCCCAGGCCAGGACUGCAGCCCUGGAGCUAUGGCCCAGGUCCCAAGGGACAGCCACCAUCAGUCUGAGCCUGCACGGGACACAGCUACCACCUGCUCUGCACUUGCAGCUUGGACCUGGACAAUGGACUGGGUGGGCUAGGGUCCUGGGAUUGGAGCCUCGGCACCUGCGGCCCCCCCUGGAGGCGGUGAGCCUUCUCAAGGGGCUGCUGUCCACACGCUGGAACUGGAGUUGGGGAGCAGGGGAGGUGGGCGUCGCGUACUGCAGCUGCCCCUGCCCUGCCCUUCCCCUGCGGGAGGGGGUGCCACCCGGGGUGGGGCAGAAGCAUUUUUUAUAUAUGUGUAUAUAUUUUUUUUUUUUAAGCGCUGAGCUGUCAACGAGACGUUUCCUACCGAUCCCGGCUGCCGUCUCUGUUGUCAUUUCUGGGAGAGGGAGGGUUAGGGGUAGCAGGGGACUUUUUUUAAAUGGUCCUGUGUGUGUGUGGGAGAGUGCGUGUGUGCGUGUGUUCUGUACAUAGCGUGGGUGUGCCUGUGGCCGCGCAUGCUCAGUUCAGUCCUGGAGCCCCGCAAUGCUGUGAGCAGGAAGAAGGUUGGGGAUAGUUGGGACAUGGGCCUGGGGGACCAACUGGCUACAGCUGCCCUUCCUAGGCCCUCUUCUGCUGGUCAUGGCCUCCAAGGCCACUGAAGUGCGUCCUGUAGCCAGUUUCUUCCACCAGGGUCCCAUUCGUCAGCCAGCAUCUGCAGGCCCCUGCCAGCUCACAGCAAGGUGGGACAGGCCAGUGUGGAAUGACCCUGGGAGCAGCUCCCCACACCUUGAGGGGCCAGUGGGGCUGCAGGAUGUUCUGUCAAGAGGUUGCACGUGUCCCUCCUGCCUGGCCUGUGUCCUCUGGCCAGCCAAUUCCUUUAAUUUCUCAGGUCUGUCCCCUUUUCUACCCCAGCCCCACAGCAGGGGCCACCUGCAGCUGGCCCCAAACCCUGGCUUGACUAUGCCACACUCUUGGUACCCAGAGUCUUCAGCUCUUCCUAAGGCAAGCCACAGCCUCCCUGGAUUUUUCUUUUCAAUCACACCUGCCCUCUAUUGAAGGGGGGCUUUGCUUUCCCAGCACCCUCUUCUGAAUAGAAGGAAGCCCAGGAUAGGGAGGGAUCCGGCAGGGAGGCAGGGCAGUGGGCCCCAGGCCCUGGUGCUGGGUAGGGGCCAGGACAGGACCCCAGGCCUGCUCCCUUCCACUCCAGGCCCUAAUAUUGGGCACAGGGUUUACAGUUCUGUUCCCCAGGAUCCCUACAAGGUGUCUGCCCUGUGUUUGAGUGCCGGCACUGUUAUGCUGUGCUGGAACACAGCUCCACUUCAAGCAGCUUUCAACAGGAUUUUUUUUUUUUUCCUGUUUUAAAAACAGAAAUUCUUACAGUGCAGGCAGGGCCACGGGGACAGGGAUUGGUGCUUUAAGAGGUCGUGCUGAGUGCAUUUUGGCACUGGGUCGGUCUGGCUGGGGUGGGAGGGCCCUCCAUCCCCCUGCCCCCCUUUUUUCUAAUAAUUAAGGCGUGUUUUGUAGGUUUCAACGAUAGCCACCUUGAAUUUGUACUUUGGGAGAUGGGAGGGAGUGGCCUGUUGUCUACCUAAGCUGAUGGCCGACUGUGGAUGUUUUGUUUUCCCCUUUUGUACAAUAAAGUGAAAAAGAUUUGA